AUGAAUGAGGGAGUCGCAAGAAGCGGAUAUGGUCAUGCAGUAGCUCCUGCCUCCGGUAACGAAUGUCGUCCAUGGCUUCAAAUCUUCCGUACGUUCGAUACAGAUCACGACGGAUACAUAGCGACAAAUCACCUGAGGCGACUGGUUCGCAUCUCUGCUGUUUCCUUUGGAUUAUCAAAAGAGGAAGCGCACAGAUUGCUGGAAAAUGUCGACGCAAAUCGCGAUCAUCUCAUCGAUUUUGCCGAAUUCUGCACGCUGAUGAGUAGGGCGAAAAAGUUACGAAUGCGGCAUGUGCUAUUUCGUGCGGCGCAAAUGGUGGUGCCGCGAAGCAGUCGUACA